AUGAUCAGGCAGUCAACCCGGAAAAAGAGUCACAUCAACACCACUCAUAGUCCGAUUGAGCCUCUUGACGGCAGUCAAACCGGCUCAGCACAGGACGGAACCGUCAGCACCCCUUCGAUCACAACCGAAGACGGAUCACAAAUGAAUUUGGCACUCCAAGUCGACUUGCCCGAUACUGUUAUUAUACCCGCGUCUCUCCGUACGAAUGAAGAUGCUAGUUUCCCCGAAGCUCGGCCUCAAGUCUGCGCUUUGGCGACGUCCGCGGCAGUGGAAGAGCUGAGCUCGUUACCACUCGUGUCAACACCGCUGGGCUCUGGACCAGGCAGUUACUCUCGGGAUAUGGCGCUGCAACUGGUUGACUUGUUCUUCCACCACGUUCAACCAUGGCUCCCUCUACUCCAUGCGCCACAUUUUCGAGACUUCCUACAUGAACGACUUGGACCUCAUGAUAAUGCUCUGGCUGGUCUGACCGCUGAUGAAGCUUUCCUGUUGACGAGCAUAUUUGCAUUAGCAUCGCGAUUCAUUUACCCUGCUUCACUGCAGGGCGCUCCCUGUUCACGCUUGGAGGAAGCAUAUGUUGCCAAAGCACGCGAAUAUUACACCAAUUGCCGCGACAUGGACACCCAUACAUUUACUUACCUGCAGGGUUGCACUGCACUGGCUUUCUACUUUUACUCCUCAGGCCUCUCUGCCCAAGGCUGGAUCCUGGUCGGAGUUUGCGUUCGCGUUGCUUACGACUUGGGUCUGUCAGAACUUGACGGGGCCCUCGACGACCCAGACUCGGAAAAUGACUGGAUCCUCACAGAGGAGCGUCGACGCACCUGGUGGCUGAUCUGGGAGCUCGAUUCUUUUGGGUCCUAUGUCUCUCGGAAGCCUUUCGCAAUUGACAGGAGUGCCUUUUCGGUAUUCCUUCCCGUUGCCGAUGAAUAUUGGUUUUCAGGCCAACGAGUGGCUUCCACAAGAUUGCCAGCUGGCCCAGAGGGCUCUUGGGCUGCGCUCAGAGCGUCGCCUAAUCAGAGUGAGAGAGCAUGGUAUCUCGCGGCCGCGGACAUUAUGUCCCAAUCAGCCGAGUGCUUGCAACAGAGGAGCAAAGUAAAAUCUCAACGUCUAUGCAUGCUCAAAAAUGAGAUCAGCUGCCUCAGACUUUCCCUUCCACCCAACUUUCGCCUGAGUACCGAUUACAUGUCUUCUUCGGCUCCAAGAUGCCGGUCGAACUGGAUUAUUGGCACCCACCUCACUCUAUCUACGGCGUCUUUUAUCACAGAAUAUUUGUCUCUCCUUGACGACUGCGAAGGUCGACGGCUUGGCGACGCGUCGAAUUUCUCAAUUCUUUUGCAAACAAGGGCCCUUGAGAUUUCACGCUUCGCCUGGCGGUGGCCAACGGAGCACAUUCGCUCAGCUCACCCUUUCUUCGCGUGUCUACUCCUAACGCCACAUGUUCAAGGUCUCGAAUCUCCCCUAAAAUCUUCGCCGAUUGCUUCCUCAGGCGAAGUUAUUAAGCUCAUACAGUCUCACCUGGGUGAGAUCUGGAAACUGGGCUUGACGGCGAAACGUUAG